UGCCGAUGGCGAACAGUCUCCGUCGAGCAGUGCAAUAGAAUAGAUCGGACUCCAAUAAGCGGAGAUCGCCGUAAACGUCGUUGCCAGGCUUAGAGCGUCCCUUAUAAUACAAAGGAAGAAACAAUCUCAAUUAUUGUGGGUCUUCAGUGCGUUUAGUAGGAACAAUUUAGUGGGUGCAUAAUUCGUUACAAAACCGCCAACAAGAGAGCUGAAAAAUGUUGCUGAAAAAGUUGCCGUUAUCAGCAAGCACAACCACCGCCACAAACACACUGCUGAAAUGCCUGACCACACAAGCCAGUACCAGUUUGAAAGAAUCUUCGGAACUACCGAAAGGUAGCACCGAGUCUCAGAUAUACAAGGAGCAUACUUACGAGCAGAUUACUAACAAGCGAAAACAAUAUCUCACGCCCAAUAUAUCCUCGUACUACAAGAAGCCUCUGCUCAUUCACAAAGGAAGCAUGCAGUGGCUGUUUGACCACGAGGGCCGUCGUUAUUUGGACAUGUUUGCUGGUAUUGUAACCGUUUCCGUUGGACACUGCCACCCGAAAGUUAACGCUGCCCUGCAAGAACAAAUGAAUACGCUCUGGCAUACUACCAACAUCUAUAUGCACCCAAAGAUCCAUCAGUACGCUGAGAAACUUGUAUCCAAAUUCCCGGGAGAUCUGAAAAAUGUGUACUUUGUCAACUCCGGCUCGGAGGCUAAUGAUCUAGCUAUGAUGAUUGCCCGGCUGCAUACCGGUAAUCAAGAAAUUAUCACUUUUCGAAAUGCAUAUCACGGAGCGUCCCCCUACACUAUGGGACUGACGGCCCAUUCCACUUGGAGAUAUCCACUUCCCGGUAUCAGUAAUGGAAUAAUUCACACGAUGAAUCCCGAUCCGUACACCGGCAUUUGGGGUGGAAGUAACUGCCGGGAUUCGCCAGUUCAAACCACACGUCACUGUAACUGUCCAGCGAAUCAAUGUAUCGCUUGCGACCAGUACUACGACCAGCUAGAGCAGGUGUUCAAGUACUCAUUGCCCCGGGGUAAAGUGGCUGCCAUGUUUGCUGAAUCGAUUCAAGGUGUCGGCGGUUCGGUGCAAUACCCCAAAGGGUAUAUCAAGCGAGCUGCUGAGUUGGUGAGAGCCAACGGGGGUCUCUUUAUUGCGGACGAGGUACAGUCUGGUUUCGGUAGAACCGGAGAACACUACUGGAGCUUUGAGGAUCAUGAUAUUGUACCGGAUAUUGUGACGAUGGCGAAAGGUAUCGGCAAUGGGUUCCCGAUAGGAGCCGUGGUAACCUCCAGAAAGGUGGCGGAAACUUUGACGCAGGCGCUACAUUUCAACACUUUCGGUGGAAAUCCGUUGGCUAGUGCCGUUGGUAUGGCUGUAUUGGACGUAAUCGAUGAGGAAAAGCUGCAGAAAAAUGCUGCUGAAGUCGGUACAUACAUGCUCAAAGGUUUAGAAAAAUUAAGAGAUAAAUAUGAAGUCAUUGGAGACGUGAGGGGAAAGGGUUUGAUGAUUGGCGUUGAACUGGUGUCGAACAAGGAAACCCGCCAGCACCUCAGUGCCCCACAUUUUGUCGAAAUUUGGGAAAUGUGCAAGGACAUGGGCGUUCUCUUCGGCCGAGGCGGUUUGAAUGCAAACGUUCUUCGAAUGAAGCCACCACUUUGUGUGAACCAAGCCGAUGCAGAUUAUGCAAUUAGUGCUUUAGAAUAUGCUUGUAUGACACACCAGACGAAACGGAAACGAGGCUGUAGAAAAUAAGUUUUACUGUUUCAACGCGUAUUUACUGUGUAAUCUGUGAUUUAAUUCGUCGGCCGAUAAAGUCGAUUAGGUUUAAAGAAGUAAUUUUUUAUGUAUGCCUGUGAUGUAUAUAUUGACGAUAAAUACGUUUGAGAAGCAAUAUAAAGUAUAAGAUUUUUAUGGAA